GUUUUGUAUCUCCUCCUCUGAAGGCUCUGCUGCUUCUCUCUGACAGCUGCCAAAACACCGCUGUGUCACUGAAAUGGGGGUGUCAUGUUGGCGGCUUCCUUGCAUCCGUGCACUGAUUGCAUGAUCCAGGGAUGUCUCGUCCUGCUCCGUCCCCCAUCUACACCCUGAGGGGGGCUGAUGGGCCCCUCAACACCCUCCACUUUAGCUGCCAUGGCGAAGACACUCCCCUCCUAUUUUCUGGGUCAGGGAAAGGAGUCAUCCAUAUGUGGAACCUGAACACCAGGAGAGCUGAGAAGAUUGUUGAGGGUCAUUCUGGUAGCUCUGUCAUCUGGGUCAACACACUGCAGGGGAGCAAAACCCUCAUCAGUCAGGGAAGGGACAUGCAGGUGCGUCUGUGGGACCUGAGUGAAGGUCGUAGUGAGGUGAUGGACACUGUGUGGACCGGCAGUGUUGGAUUCUGUCAGUGCUCCAUGCUAGAGACGAGCCCUGGGACACGUCUGCUGGCCUUUGCUGGAGAACAAACAGAAGAGAUCAAGAUUAUUGAGCUACCCAAUAAGACCCUAGUCUGCACCCUGGUACCAGACACUAAGCUCGGGAUGGUCAUGUGUAUCAAACUGUGGCAGCCAGACUCGGGUCCCGGGCCUCUCCUGUUGGCUGGAUACGAGGACGGUUCCCUGUUGCUGUGGGACGUAACCCAGAGGUCCCAGCUGAGCCAAGCCAAAGCCCACCCUGAGCCCGUCAUGUGCCUGACCUUUGACACCGAGCGUCUGAGGGGCGUAUCGGGCUCUUCUGAGAAGAAGCUCUCUGCCUGGAAGCUGGACAGACAGAACAACCUGCAGCUCCAGGAAGGUGUGACGUUGGUCAACCCUGGGGUCUCCCAGCUUUGUAUCAGGGGGGACGGUAAGCUUCUGGCGUCGGCGGGCUGGGACCAUCGGGUACGGGUAUUUGGGUGGAAGAAACUGCGGCCGCUGGCAGUGCUUCAAUACCACUCUGACAUGGUGCUGAGUGUGGCCUUCUCUGACCACCAGGACCUCAGACAAAGACUGCUAGCUGCUGGAUCCAAGGACCAGCGGAUCAGCCUGUGGUCAGUAUAUAAUGAAGGAGCUGACACUGGCUGAGCCGCUGAGCUCUUGGGGGAUAUAUGGACUUUUAAUAAUACUUUCUACUGACUGACCGCCAAUUCAAUAAUAGUCCAGUGUUAUUUUUUUAAUGACUGGACAAAUGGACUGUGUAUAUUGUGUUUAGUUAUACUUGUCUCUUGUUGUGAUGUCACCAUCUAGCACCAAACAACAUUAACAGUUGAAAGCAGCGCCAAUAGAUAACAUUGGCUAAUUCAUUGAGUUAUUAUUCAUCAUGUCAUUAUGUUGCGCCGGUUUCCACCUUUUGACCCCCUGUCUCACCUGAGCUCUUAUGAGCAAGAAAGAUAUUGUAGUAAACCAAAUACAUUUACACUGCUCCAGCUCAGUUGUUUACAUUCCUAAAAAUUCUAGCACCUACAUGAAACCUGGCAACCUGGUGAGUAACGUGGUAAUAAUAAAAGUGAAGAACUGUGUCAUCAAGGCGUUGGUUACUGAUGUCUUCACAUUUUGUCAGUUUCAAUAUAAUUUCAAGCUUAUCCCACAUAACAAG